AUGUUUAGCGGCCGUGCGCGGUGCCGCAGUGCCGACGCAAUAGUAGUGCGGUGCGACGUUCACCGGUACAAAACGGGCGAUUCGUCAGCGUCGUUAGUGCUAUUAGUGUUUUUCAGAAGAUCGCCGAACAGUCAUCGGAAGGAGAAGAAGAAGAAGACGGUCGUCGGCCAGUGGCCCGAAGGAUACGUUCGAAAAUCGCGCUGCAGAGGGCGCGUUUCACAUUUCGGCGCGUCUCCUGGCCGCCGUCCGCGUCGCGACGAUGACGAAACGCCGCGGGCGAUUACUUUCGAGCGGAUGCUUUCGGUUGGCGCCGCGUUACUGUUCGCGAAAAGCCCGCGGGUCCGGAAGACACUCAUCGGUAUGUGCGCGCAGCGUCGCGUUCCGGCCGGCCGCCGUGAUCCCGCGGUAACACCGUCCGGCGACCGCCGGGACCCGUAUGGAGGAGGAUCUCCCCAGCUGCUAUUCCCGCACACGCAGUACGCGCGUAUUCAAACGGAGCUCCGCCCGCCGUGCAUAUGGUCCGUUUACACUGUCGCGGUAUUCGCAAUACCGCAUAGUAACACGGUUAUCGGUAAACACUAGUAGCCGCGCGGCGAAAAGUCCACUCGGGUUCGACCCCGCGGUGUCCCGGCAACAGCGACGAUGUGCCGCAACGAUGCGCCGUUCGUUGCGUGCGCGUACGCGGGAUAGCCGGGAAUCCGCGCCGAGAGCCGAUUUUCACUCUGCUCUCGACCGCGCGACAGCCGCGGUCCAGUCCGCCGCCGUUCGGUUUCGCCGUCCGCGUCAGCUGCCGACGACGACGACGCGCCCCGGAAUAUCCGUCUCCUCCCGUCGGCCCGCCCGGAGUCGCCGUAGCCGUUGUGUUUCGCGCGACGUUAUUGCGUAUCGCGACUCUUUCGUCGACGUCGACGAGCGUUUUUAUGCACGGGCGGAUGCCGGACGCGUUUCGGCGACGCGGUUUUGAACGACCCAGGUCACUAGUACAGCGAACGAACCGUUUUUGGCCACGCGGUUUACUGUAGGCAUUUGUUCGGUAGCCGAAUGCGCUUUUCGGCACGACCUGGUCGCCGGGAAUCAGCAAACGGUUGAAAACUGCGUUUGCGGUUUUCGGUUACUAAUCGUCUACCGACGAAGAACGCCGUUCAAUCGUGUUACGUCCAUAUUGUGUAACAAAAGAAAAUAUUGCACAGUAAACAAAUUCGUUUUGGCGGGUAACCGACCAAGUAGCGAAUAAUGCGACUGUUUACUGAAAAUCGCAUCGCCAAAACAGGCCUAUUAUUGCAGUGAUAGCGAUAGCGGUCGGCGGAAACGGUUAACGGGAACGACGCCGGUCAUUACCGUGGGCUAAUUGCCGUAGAUUUUUUUUUUUUUUGUAAUUUUUAAUGGCCCGGGGCAUUGCAGUUCUUAUGCUUGGUAAUAGAAGGUACAAAAUCCGAAAAAAAAAAACAAAACAAAAAACUUAUUGAGGCCCCGCAAAAAUAUCUGCAUGAAGAUCUCUGUAUUCUCCAAGAUGAUCCUGGAAAUGACCAAUGAAAAAAGUGAGCAUUCCCGCCCAGGGAAAUUGUCGGGAUUCAACACUGCUGUAUUCUUUCGGCGCUUUUUCAUAAGAACAUAUUUUUAUAUUUUUUUCCUAGAAUUUUGAUCCGCAAACUUUGCAGCUCUUAAACGCGUACAUUUAGGGAUUGCUUUCUCAUGGCGUUUGUAUCGGUCGAUUUUUGUAACACCUCGCAUUUCCUGCUAUAGCGAAACGGUUUUUGCUUAAAGAUAUUGCACCCGAUGUCUGCAGCCCAUUAUAUAUCCGUGUAGACUUAUACGUCUAAACGGACAUUCAUUCCGAGGACUGGGAGGCGUAGUUAUUCCAAACGAAAUGACAUAAAACCUAUGGUGUGAGAGAUGGCAAAUUUGCACUUUGAAAACAGCUAAUCGAAACACCCCAUUUAUAUUAUCGCAUGUUUCUGGCCUCGAAAUGAAACUCCACUUAUCGGAACGUGUUUUCAUGCUGAAUGUUCCGUCUAGAUGUUUGGGUUUACGAUUAUAUCGCAAGAUGAUAUCAAAUAGUGAUGCUGAUAUACCGGGUGGUCUAUUUAAUUGGAUAUACUCAUUACCUCGGAAAGCAUUAACUUUUUCCAAAAGAUCGGGUUGGAGGAGAGUAGUGUAUCACCAUCAACACAUCGCGCGCCGUACUGCCACACAAAUGAUACUCCGCUGUUCUCCUCCAACCCAAACUUAA